GCUACAUUUUGCUUAUUGAACCCUUUUAAGCAAAGAAGUCAAGUAGGAAGAAGAGGUUUUCAUUAUAAUGGAGAAGGAAUGCUUAGCAGAGUUAAAUGUGAAGAUUGUGGAGAGUUGCCUGGUACCGCCAUGCCUGCCUUCGCCCAAACCUACUCUCUAUUUGUCCAACCUUGAUAACCAGCCAGCUGUGAGAAUGGUCAUUAAUGCGUUUCUUGUGUAUGAGGCUUGUGAAAAUGUUUUAGCAGAUCCUGCCAAAACAAUCCAAGAAGCUCUAUCAAAGGUAUUGGUGUAUUAUUAUCCUGUGGCUGGGAGAUUGAGAAAGAAAGAAGAUGGGAAGCUUCAAUUGGAGUGCACAGGAGAAGGUGUUCUUUUUGUGGAAGCCAUCGUAGACAACAGUUUGUCAGUCCUUGGAGAUUUGAACCAGAUCAAGCCAUCAUUUAAGCAGCUGUUUUUUUGGUUUCCUUCCAAUACAGCUAUUGAGGACGUUCAUCCCAUGGUUCUUCAGGUAAAUCGUUUCACAUGUGGAGGCUUUGUUGUAGCAGUGAGUUUCCACCAUAUUAUAUUCGAUGGACAAGGGGUGGGGAAUUUUCUCAAAAAUCUUGGAGAGAUGGCUAGGGGGCAUGUUAAGCCCUCCAUUGAACCAAUAUGGGAAAGAGAUAUUCUUAAACCAAGUAAUGUAUUGGUUCAAGACUUAAAAUUGAUUGAAGAAAAAAUAGAGAGCACAUCUCACUCAUGGAAACCUCCAAUACAUGAAGAAUCAAUUCAGAUGUCUCUUACUUUUGACUAUGAGACAAUAAAAUAUAUGAAACAAAGAAUUACACAAGAAUGUAUGGACAUUUGCACUACUUUUGAAAUUGUUGCAGCUUUGGUUUGGCGAGCAAGGAUAAAAGCACUUAAAAUUCCACACACUCAAAGUGCAAAAUUUUUCUUUGCGACAAAUGUGAGGGGAUCAUUUAAUCCCCCACUACCAAAUGGAUACUAUGGAAAUGGUUUUAUUUUUGCAUGUGCACAAGCUACUGUCCAUGAUGUCAUGAACCAACCACUUUCAUAUAUAGUGAACAUUAUAAAGAAAACAAAGAUGUCACUAAAUAACAAGUAUCUUAGAUCAACAAUUGAUAUGGACCAAUUUCCAUCAGAUAUUUUUAGUAACCAAGCUAAUAUGCUAUUGAGUGAUUGGAGGUGGUUGGGAUUUAACGAAGUUGACUUUGGACUAGGAAGUCCAGUGAAUAUAUGUCCUAUGCACUGGAACGAGAAUGGAAUCAAUAUAUCAAAUGCUUUUUUCUUCCUCCAUCCUCCUAAAGGGAAGGUUGAUGGAUUUAAGAUGAUAACAUGGAUGCCCCUACAAAAAUUUCAAUUAUUUGAAAUGGAAGUAGAAGCCAUUGUCAACAAAUAUAUUGCAAAUGAUUUCCAAAAUUAAUGUAAUGGUUAAAUAUUUUUAUUUUUAAAUAAAAUCUAGACAAUUUCA